GUUGCUUCGGGCUUUCACUGCAAGAGGAUGAGUGAAGUGCCUCCAGAUAGUCUGUAUAAAGACGACACUGUUUAUUACCUGCAGCACGAAAACAAACUUGCAUUUUUGGGGACCGUGCUAAAGUCGGAUAAAAUAGUUCCAGACCUCAUCACACUUGAUGCAACUGAUUCAGAAUCUAUUCAUGAUGGAAUAAAUAUUAAAUCUGGGGAUAUUCUGACCGACACGGACCGGAACCAUGAUGUUGGAAAAAUGUCUUGCGACUCUGUGGAUCGAACGGGCUCUUCCGGUGCAGGCAGUCGCCGUGAUGCAGGUUCUAACAUCAAAAUCAGUUGGAUGUCGUUGACCACAGGUGAUGAGUACCCUCCUUGGUCUUCGCCUAUUCCCACUUCAAUGAAAACCAAUCAAGUAGUGCUACUCGAACGAGAUCAUAUGCUUGGUGACGCCGUUCGUCAUGCACAAAAGGAUCUGGUUGGCACUGUGGUGAAUUUGCGUAUCAGCGGUUGUGCUGAGCUGCUCAACUAUGGCCGUAUUUUGCUCAACCUAGACUGCAGUCGCCUUCGCAGCGUAUCGCCGUGGACUUCGAGGACCAAUGAAAACCAUGUUAUUUGGCGAGGUUGGUUGGGUCGUGUGGUUGCUUGCCAGAUGCUGGCAAUUGCUCGGUUCAGUGAUGGUGCUCGUCUCUUAGUCCGACAGGCCUGUCUUGAAAGUUUCGAGCCUGUCCCUCCAACAUCAGAAGCCUUUCCUGAUCCGUACUUUGAAGGUGCUUGGUUACGUGGGGAUGCGUGCGACCUCAAGAGCAACCCUGAAGUCAGUGUUUGGACAUCUUUCACCAACUUUCUGUUUGGCACUAAUCCACGUGUUUGGUCGACUGCACAGACUGCUGGCGAAAGGCAUUCGAAAAAAUCGGCAUUUGAUCAAGAACUGGAUACCGAUACUCCAACUUUACCCGUAAAUGAAACAAACCAUUUAGGCAGUUUGUCGAAAAAGAUUGACUUUGCAGUUCCGGGCAGCCCUAUGGUUUUAUUUCAUGAGCUGGCCCAAUCCGACGCCACGAAAGCAUUGGCUCAAAAUGCUGGACAAAUGACACGUAUUUUAGAACGCACUCCGGUUUUCCUCACGGAAACACGGGCGCACAAUGCAGCUUGGCUUUCUCGGCUGCACUCGUCCGUCAAUGUCACGGUCUGUAUAGAGAAGUUGUUUCCUGCCGAGGCAACGGUUCAUUGGUUUGCUAGUCGCAGUCCAGCUGGCGAACGACCCCCGCCUAGCAUUGUUCGUGGUGAGGACCUUAUUAACUUGCAGACCGUUGUGCCCUAUCCGUACCUGGGUUGCACGGCGCGCGACAUUUGGUAUCUUCAACUGAACGAAUCGGACGUGAUGUACAACUGGAAGAUUUACGACUGUCCCGAAAGACUGUUGGACGGCUGGUUGACAAACAAUCAGGCGGGCCUCGAUGCGGUUACUGUGCCUUUCCAGUCAGCAACAGCCCAACCCGACGUAUUCUCAGAUACACACAAAACAGGUGGUACUGCCUUAGCACAACACACCCUCGAGGCUGCUGGCGAGCCUACAGCCUCAGACAACACUCCACGAAAACCAAAAGAAGCUCCUGGUCAUCCAAAAACAACACCAUUUUGGAAUUCGCUUUCACAGCACACUCGUGUGAACCGUGUUCUCCUUGUUUUGGUGCAGUUAUUCUGGAAGAUUUACGACUGUCCCGAAAGACUGUUGUACGACUGGUUGACAAACAAUCAGGCGGGCCUCGAUGCGGUUACUGUGCCUUUCCAGUCAGCAACAGCCCAACCCGACGUAUUCUCAGAUACACACAAAACAGGUGGUACUGCCUUAGCACAACACACCCUCGAGGCUGCUGGCGAGCCUACAGCCUCAGACAACACUCCACGAAAACCAAAAGAAGCUCCUGGUCAUCCAAAAACAACACCAUUUUGGAAUUCGCUUUCACAGCACACUCGUGUGAACCGUGUUCUCCUUGUUUUGGUGCAGUUAUUCUGAUUCGGUUUUUCUCUCACUAGACUCAACGGACGCGCUUCAGUUCUACACGUCGGCGAUUUCACGCCAAAACAUCGACUCACGUAUAGCAACAUGGUCAGUUGGGAAAAUGAGGAACAUGACCUUGACGUAUACUUGAGUGAUGCAGAUAGUGAAAUGAGCACACCUGCGGAUACUUCAAAAGGAAAACGAAAAGUACGCAAUAAACGAGGUGCCACGAACACAGUGCCAGAAAGUCGGAAAGCCGCUGAAGGUGAUGCUUUUGCCGAAAGAACUUUUAGUACGACGAGCCUGGAGCCACCGACAACGGACUCCAACUCCAAGAAGAUGCAAGUGAAGAGUACUGAAACGACGACAGUAGAUCCCCAGCCGGUGACAAAACUGGACAAAGAAGAUAAGGAAGCAACGGAGAGUGGCCGGUCGUCACCACACAUGAUAGUUACAGAUAAGACAAAAAUUAAGGUUCCCGAAGACGUUUUGCGUGCCCGUGAGGCCCAGCUUCCGCCUCUAAAACCCGGCUGUUGGGUUGCGGUUGGACUGUACACCACGCACACGCGUUACGACGUCCGUUGGCAAAACGGCUCACUUGAGCGUGACAUCAGUUGUAAAGAUCUGUUGCCUAUCUACUUCAAUAUCGACGAACACGAGUUCUUCCCGGGUUCGGUGGUUUCUUCGAAAGGCGCCGUCAAAGAACCUAGAAGUUCUGAUAUAUCGACCAAGAAUGAAUCCGGGGAACCAGGUACUAGUGAACUUCCAGUCGCUUCGUCACAUUCCGUUGAAGACUCACAGGAUGAUGCUCCUCGUGAUUGUGGCAUUGUUCUGUCGGCCAACCCGAAAGACCGCAUGUGCCACAUCCAGUGGUUCCGUACAGUCGGUGAAGCAGAGAACAAGAAACUUAUUCCUAUCGGUCCGCCAGAGGACGCCGGUGUUUACGAGUUAACUGCCUCUUCUGACCGUCAGCUAAACUAUGGAGAUGUGCUGUUGACACAAGCCACAGAUGACCCUUCUCAUGCGCAUAUUCCUGCUGGUUACAUCGAAGAUAUCUAUCCAGAAACUGGUAAACUGCUAAUUCACUGGAUUGAUGGAACGAAGACGGAAGUACCUCGUACACAGUGUCUGUUGCCGGUGGAUGCACUCAUAGAUGAUGAUGACUGGUCCGGAGAAGAUUCGGACGACUAUGAACCGGACGAACUCACUACGGAUUCGGACAGUGAGUGGGAGACCGUCUCCGAACGUUCUUUUGACGAACCCGACUUUUCCAGUACUGUCGAACUUUCGGCAAAAGAUGGUCCUAACCUAAAGCAACUUGAGGGUGAUGCCGAAGUAGAUGAGGAUUUGCCACAGGAUGAAGCUUUGCGGUUAGCUGCUGAAAAGAUUGUUCAGGCGUAUCUUCGUACAGAUGCGGCUCGUCGUCUGUUUGUUGACCGACGAACGUUCGUAUUCUGGAUUUUGCGUCGCUUUGUGGUUGUCCCAGACCAACUUGAUACGGCAGUCGAUCAGUUGGGGACCUUGCUUGCCGCAGCAGCUUCUUCACCAGACUACACAAUUCCCCACGAUUAUCAAUCCACGAUGAAGACACGUCCAUGCUCAAUGGCUUCAUUGUCUGUGGUGGAUGAGAGUUCGGUGGCAACCUCUGGAGAUGAUGUGAGUCCACCAAAUCGAGCAAGAUCUUUGGUUGGCGAAUUGUUAUCCCCGGCCAAAGCCUGGGAUUAUGCGGAAGAGGCGGAGGCUGUCACAGUAACUGAAAAGCUCCAUUCUGUUCGGGACUUGAUGCAAGAAGCCUAUCAACUUGUUCGGGAUUGUCGAAUCAAACGAUUGUACGCGAAGUGUGACCACCGGGAACUUUUCUCAGAAAAACACGUCGAGGGUAUCUUAAAAUCGAUCGAGAUAGACGGUGGAACCACGUUAGAGUUUGAGUCAUACUCCAGUAAAUCAGCUCUCAAACCCUUGAAUGACACUAACGCUGCUUCCGACGAAUCUGCGAUGCAGGAUAAUAUUUUGAAUUCUGAGUCAACCGUUCCCCGACAGAUUUCAGGUCUUCAUUUCCUACAUUCCGAUCACCACAUAUCGCGUCCAGAAAUUUUGGCUGCAGUGCGACGCAGUAAAAUGAAAGUUCUCGUCGUUCCUGACUCGUCCCAGCCAUUCACUUCAUCCGAAGAUAACUGGCGCAAUCGGAUACAUUACUGUUUGGCCGGACCGAAUGCCGACGAGGAAGGGGUAUAUAUGCUAGUCAGCACAACCCUGUUCUCUCGACUCAGUCGGUACUUGGCGAUGGGACAUAGACGGCUGUUGGAGCAGUUGACCAGUUUCGGUGAAUAUGCACUUGCCUGGCUCGGGGAAAUGGCUCCUGAUAUGGUUUCAAAGGCGAAAUCUGAAAGCAGGGGAUCUAUUGAAAGUGAAGACUUGUUUCAUUCUUUGUCAGGCCAGGCAGUGGUGGAAUCGACAAUGGUGAAUGGUCUCGAAACUGUGGAAACUGACGUUCACUCGGAACAGGCAUACGAUUUGCUUUGUUCCAUAUUUGUUGCACAGGAAACUGCGGGACAAGACGAAAAAAUGGAGAAUGAAACCAAAGCCUGCGAACAACCGCCUGGGAACGACUCAUCGGACGGAAGACCGAAGCUGUCUCGUGACGAUAGCCAGCCGGGCCCCACAGUAGAUGCUAUCCCUGCUGAAUACCGUGGUCAAUUUAUCGUAGAGGAUAACGCUCCGACAACCCAUCGUUUCUACAGAACCGUUUCCGACAACCUCCCCAAAUCGUUCUACCGGGCGUGGAAACGUGAUAAUGCCUUGUUGUCCACCAGUCUCCCACGUGGCAUAAUUGUAAAAGCCUUCUCGGAUCGAAUGGAUUUAUACUCACUGCUUAUCGUCGGACCAGCUGGGACCCCUUACGAACAUGGGCUUUUCUUUUUUGACAUUCUUCUUCCGCAGCGUUACCCCUACAUUCCUCCACAGGUACAUUACUACUCGUUUGCGAGUGAACGUGUAAAUCCUAACCUGUACGUGGAAGGACACGUAUGUCUGUCUCUGUUGGGCACGUGGGCUGGUAAGGAUUCGGAAAACUGGAAUCCAGAAAACUCCAACCUGCUUCAGUUAGUUGUCUCACUUCAAGGUCUCAUCCUCAACUCUGAACCAUACUUCAACGAGGCUGGGUUUGACGCCUGCCGUGGGACAACCGAAUCGCGUGAGAAUAGUCGAGUGUAUAACGAAUCCGUUGUGGCAACCCUGGUCCAGUCCAUGGUCAGUUUGCUGAGCAAUCCGGUCCCUGUGUUCAAACAAGAAACUAUUCAACACUGUCUCACUUAUGGAGAUGCUUAUGCAUCCCUCCUGGAAUUUUGGGCUUCGCUGGAUGAAUUCGAAUAUGAACGCCUCAGUUCUGAUGAUUCCAACGCAAAGUUAGCCUUGCCUGAUUUUCCGCUUGCCCCUGUUUCGAAAGGAUUCCAAAUUUCCGUCCGUCGACAUCGCCAAGCAUUUCUACGACUCGUAGCAGCGUCCAACCAAAAUUGUACUUGAGUAGUCUGUUCAGUGAUUCUCAGGACGUCAAUAAAACCUCUGAACAAAUCUUUCUAACCUUUUCAUUCCCAGAAGCUCCCACAUACCACUCACUUAGAUCAUAAAGUUUCCUAAACCUUUGUUUUCAAAAGACACAAGCACCAGUUAUCGAAGAGGCUUCCAAUCAACGACAUCUGUUGUGCCAACUGCUGGAAAGCUCCAAUUGGACCGAGCUUACGCUCCAAUGUUUUGCGUUUGCCAACUUUGCUGUCUGCAUAUUUUAUAUUAUACACAUGCUCUGUUUCAUGCACCACUGCUUUAUUUCUUUCGACGAUGGUGCCGGUGCAACCAUGAUAUCUCACUCUUUCGGUUCUUCGAUGAGCAGCCAUGUGUGAACAUAUACAUCUCCAAAGACAGGUGAUCAGUUACUCAUCCUUGAAUUUGUACUUAUUUCGGUCUCAGUCUGUUUGAGCUUGUGUAACUUUGUGAUGCAAUGACCUGAAGAGAAAUAUCUACACCCUGAUUGCUGUUGUUUUGUUUGACUCUUGCAAGUUAGUCGCAUGGCGUUAGUGCGUUUCCC